AUGGCUGGCUCUCCAACAGACUUGACUGCGCUCACAGAAGAGCAACAGCUUGCCCUUCAACAGUUCACCUCCGUCACCGACCAAGAGCUCGAUGCAGCGCUACCUCUCCUCCAGCGAUGCCAAUGGAACGCGCAAAUAGCCAUCACGAGAUUCUUCGACGGUGAUGCAGAGACGGUCGACCCAGCUGCUGAGGCUGCACGUGCGCCCCCGCCACAAGACACGCGGCGAGCAGAGACGCUCAUGGACAGCAUACCGAACAGAUCGUCCACAUCACGAAGCAGAGCAUCCGGGCUUGAGCCUGCGCCGAGAGUUGUCCCAACUCCAGAGAACCAACUCACUCAGCAACUACCUUUCCCAUUCUCCCUCAUACUAUUACCCUUCAACCUCACAUACGUCCUCUUCCAGCGACUUCUAGGCACAGUCGGCUACUUCUUCCCGGUCAUACCGCGGUUAUUAGCUCGCUUCUGGUCAGGCAGGGCAUCGCGACCUUCAAGAGAUGCAUCGAGGAGACCGUUGGGGCCGAGGGACACAGCAGCGCGAUUCAUCAGGGAGUUCGAGGAGGAGAAUGGAGGGACACAUGGGACAUUACCUUUCCACGAAGGGGGCUACGCGCAAGCCUUCGAUCUGGCCAAGCGGCAUCUAAAGUACUUGCUUGUGGUCUUGUUGUCGCCUGAACAUGAUGACAAUACGCUCUUUGUCCGCGAGACACUGCUCUCGCCGGAGUUCAAGACGUUUGCCAACGACGACAACAACAACAUUGUACUAUGGGCAGGCACUGUUCAGGAUGCUGAGGCAUACCAAGUCAGCACAGCUCUCAAUGUAACCAGGUUCCCUUAUGCGGCAUUGAUUGUGCAUACACCUUCGGUAUCGUCAACGGCUAUGUCGAAGGUAGCGACCUCAUCUGGACCCAUAGCAGCGCAGGACCUAAUAACGAAGCUUCGAACAGCUAUGCAGGCUCAGAGCGCAGAACUGGACAGAGUCAGAAGGCAACGUUCAGAACAGGCGCAGACAAGGAACCUAAGGCAGGAGCAGGAAAGUGCCUAUGAGCGGUCACUAGCACAAGACAGAGAGAAAGCAAGACGGCGGAAGGAGGAAGAAGCGCAAAAGGAAAAGGCCGAGCGCGAGGAGCGCGAGAGAUCCGAGCAGAAAGAGAAUAAGGCACGCAAUCUGGCGCAAUGGAGGAGACGGCGGGCGCAGAGUAUACACGCAGAGCCCGGUGCAGACGUCAAGGAUGCAGUCCGGAUCAGCUUACGAAUGCCUUCUGGUGAGAGGGUGAUACGAAAGUUCAGACCUGAUGCCGAGCUGGAAGAACUCUACGCUUUUGUGGAGUGCUAUGACCAGCUUGAGGAAGUGUCCGAGAAGGAGGUGGCAGCACCUACAGGCUAUCAGCACACAUACAAGUUCCAGCUCGUGUCGCCAAUGCCAAGGGAGGUGUAUGACCUAGAGAAAGGUGGCAGCAUACGGGAUAGAAUUGGCAGGAGCGGCAACCUCAUUGUUGAGAAGAUACUUGGCGAGGAUGACGAAGGAGACGAAGAAGAUGAAUGA